UCGCAGCUCGCCUGUUUCCGACUGAAGGAGCUUAAGGACGUGUUGGGCCAUCUAGGUCUCUCAAAAUCCGGCAAGAAGCAGGUGCUGGUGGAUCGAAUUGAAGCGCUCUUAUCAUCCCCAUCUGUCCCCUUCAACGGCCGCGUGCCCACCAUCACUCCCACGCAAGUAGCCGAGUUCAUUCAAGAGACAUACAGGUCGCUGCGAAGCACUGGGCAGCAGGGCGACACGCCAGUCGCCUCCCCAGUGCAGCAUCAGAGGGGGCGAGAGGAGAUGCCUUGUUGUGUCUCUACGAAGCACUGGGCAGCAGGGGGACACGCCAGUCGCCUCCCCAGUGCAGCCGCAGAGGAGACGCGAGGAGAGGGUCGACAGGGACGUGGGGGAGGGCGCGGAGGAGCGGAGACAGCUGGUAGGGCGGAGACAGGUGCUAGGGUAGAGGUAGUGGGUAGGACAGAGGCGGGAGCACAGGAAGACGGGAAUAUGGCUCCUGAUGGAGGCUUCGCUUCCCCGCAGCAGCAGCAGCAGCAGCAGCAGCAGCAGCAGCAGCAGCAACACCACCACCAGCAGCAGCAGCAAAGUAGACAUGGGCAUGGGCAUGGGCACGGGCAUGGGCAUGGGCAUGGGUCAUCUAGGGGAGUGAAAACAGAGCCAGGCGGGGGAGGGAGGGCUAGUAAGAGGGCGGCUGCUGGAAGGGGGGAUGUGUACGGGCAGCAGCAGCAGCAGGUGGAGGUGAUUCGGUGCGUUUGCUUACGAAACUUUGACAACGGGAAGACUAUGAUCCAGUGCGAGGGCCAGGGUUGUGGCGUGUGGCAGCAUGUGAAGUGCGUCAUUCUGCCAGAGAACCCGCCUCUCACGGGAGACACCUCUGCAGCGCCCCAGCCUGACCUUCCCCUCCCGGAACACCACUACUGCGAGCUCUGCCGCAUGGCCCGGGGUGACCCCUCUGCCGCAUGGCCCGCGGCGACCCAUAUCAGAUUUUCUGUCCCUGUGGCCAAUCCGAUGCCACCAACUGCGCUCAUUCGCCUGCCCGGGGACAACAACCAAGUGCUGCAGCGACUAGAGCACACCUUCACUCUCACCCCACACGACCUCUCUCUGCUCAGACGCCCGCACCACUACCUGCAGGUGUGGUGUGUAUUGCUAAAUGACAAGACUGCCAACCGCAUGCACUGGCCUGCAUACCCACAACUGCAAAUCAACAGUCGCAGUGUGCGGGUCACCAACCGUCCGGGGCAGCAACUGCUGGGAGCAAACGGCCGCGACGACGGGCCCUCGAUAGCAGAGGCGUGCCAUGCAGGGGACAACCACGUGGCACUGGCUGCCAUUGACAAGCGCCCCUUCUGCAUUGGUGUUCGCAUCAUCCGCAAGCGAUCGUUUGAUGAGGUGAUGGCCAUGAUUCCACCUCUGGACGUAGGGGAGUCACUCGAAUCCGCUCUCGCUCGAGUGAAGCGCUGUAUGACUGCCUAUUAUCACACCUGCCUCCCCUCUUCCCCUGUUGAUUUUGGAAGCUGGUUGAUUAUUUUGGUCGAUUGCUCACACCCUCCUCCCCCUCUUUCCCAGAUGAGCGGCUCGCGCAUUCGAGAGGCGGGGCGGUUCAGGGAGUGUGCGCACAUGGGGUGCUUCGACCUGCACACAUUCAUUGAGAUUAACCAACGCGCUCGCAAGUGGCAGUGUCCGGUGUGCAUGAAGCUCUACGCGCUCGACUCACUCAUCAUCGAUCCCUUCUUCCACCGCGUCUGUGAGGAGAUGGCUCAGUAUGACAGUGACGUCACUGACAUUCAACUGAGGGGCGACGGCACGUGGCGGCCCAAGCUGGAAUCUCUUCACACCUCGUCCAAAGCAG